AAACUACACAGGGCCCCGCCCCCCGGUCAGCAUUAACUAGUUGCUCAACAUUUCUGGUGAAAAGUGCCCUGAUAAGAGUGCGAUCGGUUCAUUGAACAGCAUUGACGGAGCAGGUCACUGGAGGGCAGAGAAGAACGGGUCUGUGAGAGAGAUGCAUCAGGCCGAGCCUGUCGAGCAGCUGGUAACGGUGUCCCAAGACAGGUGGAGUCCAUUUAUGUCUCUGUGUGCCAUCUGGCGGAGCGAGAAACAGAUGUCAUCCACAUGUUCUGGCCUCCAGAGAGAUUGAACCCAGCAGUCAAAAUGGCAGACAGCGGGAAAACUAAUGAGGCUGGAGCCGCGGCAACUGAACCGGCUAAUGGAGAGCAGCAGAAUGUCGUGACGAGAAUGAGCCACUUGCCCCUGGUGAGUUCAGCCUGCGAGGCCGUUUCCAGCGCCUACAGCAGCACCAAGGACAACGUGCCCCUGCUGAAGGGGGUGAUGGGCGUCGCCGAGAGCGGGGUCCGAACACUGGGGGCGGCCGCCAGCACGGGCUCCAAACCUGUCUUGGACAUGAUCGAGCCACAGCUUGCCACGGUGAAUGAGUACGCCAUGAAAGGACUCGAUAAGGUGGAAGAGAAGCUGCCGAUUCUUCACCAACCAGCGGACAAGGUGGUGUCAGACACUGUAGGUAUGAUGUAUCAGUCGGUGACGGGGGCCAAAGAUGCGGUGAUGGGCGCUGUGAUGAGCGGUGUGGAGCUGACCCGGGCGGCGGUCAGUGGAGGCAUCAACACCGUCAUGGGCACCAGGAUGGGCCAGAUGGUCAGCAGCGGGAUGGGCCUGGCCCUCAGCCGAUCCGAGGACUGGGUUGAUCAGAACCUGCCGCUUACCGAGAGGGAGCUGGCUGCUGUGGCUGAGCCUACCAACAUGGAGGUGUCGACCGCUUCGGCCAACCCCAGCUACUUUGUCCGUCUGGGGAAACUCUCUGCCAAGGUUCAGGAGCGAGCUCUGGAGCAGUCCCUGGUCCGUGCGCGGAAGGCCAGGGAUGCCACCUACGCUGCGGUGGCUCAGAUUACCAGCACGCUGGACCUGGUGGAGAGCGCCCGUGCCAGUCUAGGCACAGCAGGUAACCAGAUAGCCGGAGCCCCGGAACAGCUGCUGCAGCGCUGGGCCGAGUGGAAGCAGAAACGGGAGGGAGAGGGACUGGCUGAGUCGGAACCAGAUGGGUCCAAAGAUGUGUCUGAGCAGCUGGAAUCUCGGGCUCUUUCUAUGGUGCGAGGCCUGAGUGACCAACUGAGGGCGUCGUGCUCAAGCGUGGUUUCCAGUGCUCAGGGCCUGCCAGGGACGGUCCAGGAACAGCUGACCAGCGCGCGGGUAGCUGCCGAACAGCUGCAGUCCUCUCUUGGAGACGCCAGCACUCUCACUCCCGUGCUGCUGGAGCGAACCCGCCACCAUCUAAAACAAAUUCAGCAUUCACUGGAUGGCGUCAUGGAGUAUCUACUGCACAACACACCACUCAACUGGCUGGUGGGACCUUUCGUUGCUCAGAAGACUGAGGGUGAACAGGAGGAAGUGGCAAUGGAGCAGGCUAGCCCGAACAACUAGAGCUGAAGAUUUUCUGUGCCAACUGAGACGUUUUUCAGUAUUUGGAAAUGUUUUUUUUUUUUUUUUUUUUUUAAAUAAUCCGACUUGAAAUACUCCAUGAUGUUCAUUUAAUCACAUCUUUUCUUGAUGCUUUUAAAUGGAACUUACAGUACAUAGAACUUAACACUGAAAGAUGGGUUUCCUUUAUAUUUCUUACAUUUGCACUUCUUUUUUUUUUCCCCUUUUUGUCAAGUAUUAACAUACCUUUUAUAGGAAGGCAGUUUUGUAAACAUUCAUGUCAUUCCAACAACAGAACCAGGAACAAGAUAGAAGAGGGAUCUAUAGCAUAUUUCUUUUGUUGUAGAGUUUAUAACGUUGAUGGUUAUGUUUCAUGUAAAUGAGCUGUCAUUAAAAAGUAUACCAUUUUAAACAGA